CUUCUCUGCAGUUGGCUAGUAGGUGUUGUAGCCAAGAGAGCUGAUUACGUAAACCUCUGGUUUUUCGAAUCACGCUUGAUUAAAUUUGCUUGAUAUCCGGACACUAUCUUUCAAUUUAUUUUAAAACAAUUGCUCGUGUGGCCACAGUGCUUUGCAUUCUGAAAAGUUUGAAGUGUAACUAGAAAAACGCCCACAAUCUAUUGACAUCGCUGACGAAAAUAUCUAGUGAGACGCGGAGGGAGUUGUUAGAUGUUCUAAUCAUUGGGACGCUUCGUUCGUCAGUCACAGAGUUUCACUCUAUUCCCACCCUUCCCGUACUGGGAGGGUGGCACGCCUACACAGGCGGCAAGGAAGCCACCAUGGGUGUGAAUGAAGAUUUGGCCCCAAGUUUUACCCAGAAACCUACACUUCGUCAAGAGGAUGAUGGCAACCGAUUGGUAUUCGAAUGCCAACUGGUGGCGAAUCCUUUCCCAGUAAUCACCUGGUUUCGCGGAGAAACCCAAUUGUCUGAAAAUGACCGCACUACCAUGAAAGCCACCGAGCUGACGCCCAGCAAGUAUUUAGUCGUUCUCGAACUCGACGAUGUGAUUGAAACAGAUGCUGGGCUGUAUAAAGUUAGUGCCCAUAACAAAUUAGGAGAGGUAGCUGCCUCUAUCAACCUGAAUUUUAGUCCAACGGACGAGCCCAAAGAAAAGCAAAUAGAUGGAAUUGCACCUACAUUCGCCCAAAAGCCAUCAAUCAAACAAGAAGAAGAUGGCAAACGAUUACGAUUCGAGUGCCGAAUCUUAGCGGAUCCACGUCCAGAAGUAAGCUGGUUUCACGGCGGAACUGCAAUCAAGAACGGCGGUCGAUACCGAAUCUCGAUCGAAAAAGAUGGCAACUCAUACUUCUCCACAUUAGAAAUCACGAACGUGGCCGUUGAAGACGGUGGAAAAUAUAAAGUGACGGCUAAAAAUGAGCUUGGCGAAAGCAACGCCACAAUCAGCCUCAAUUUUGACAGUUCCUACUUGAACUCAUCCAGCGAAGGUAAAACCCAAGAUAACGUUAAACCUACCUUUACGGAGCGGCCCGUUAUCCGCCAGUCGGACGACGGGACCAAAGUAUUUUUUGAAUGUCGCUUGGUCGGUGAGCCCAAACCUACCAUUACAUGGUUUCAUAAAGGAGAACAAAUCAAAGAGGGUGGCCGGCAUAAGAUCAGUGUUAUCCAGGACGCAAAAUUGUUCUAUUUAGUUUCGCUCGAAAUCGCUAGCGUAGAUGCUACCGAUGAGGGCGAAUACAAAGCAGUAGCCAAGAACAGCCAUGGUGAAGGAGUUGCUACGAUCAACUUGAACUUCGAAGGAAGUGGCAAGCCCAAAAUUCCUGAAGGGAAAGCACCGAGGUUCCCUAAGAAACCCACUAUAAAACAAGAGGGCGACAAGCUAAUAAUGGAGUGCCUUUUGGAAGCAAACCCGAGUCCAGAAGUAACGUGGUUCCAGGGUAAUAAAGUCAUUGCUGACAGUUCAAGAGUCAAGAUGACUCGAACUCCACUGGGAAAAGACACAUUUGCUCUAGCACUGGAGAUUCUUAAUCCUACUAAAGAAGAUGGAGGAAACUAUCGGUGCAAUGCCUGCAACGCUUACGGAGAGAGCAACGCGAACAUAGCUCUUAACUUUCAAGGUGGCGAAGAAGAAGCAUCGGAUGCUAUCGCACCUACAUUCAUCGAGAAACCUAAAAUUGUUCCGAAUGAAACUGGAACGCUGAUAACCAUGAAAUGCAAAUGUCGAGCCAGACCCGCUCCUGUCGUCACUUGGUUCAAGGAUUCAACACAAGUGAGCGAAUCUGCACGGUUUAAAAUGAAGUGUAAUUCCCUCGAAGGCGACAUCUACGAAUUGGUUCUUCAGAUCAAGGAUCCGUCCAAAGUCGAUGGUGGGCCUUACAAGUGCCACGUUAAGAACGAACACGGGGAAUCGAACGCCAAACUCAAUUUGAACAUCGAGGCAGAUGCAGAACCGGAAGGCUACCCUCCUAGCUUUGUUGAAAAGCCUCGAAUGGAAUCCAGUGCAGAUGGAAAAAAAGUGAUCAUGCAUUGCAGAGUAAAGGCCGAUCCAAAACCCUCGAUCAGUUGGACCAGGGAGUCGGUAACUGUCAAGGAGUCAUCACGCAUUUCAAUUAAUGUUGUUCAAGAAAAGGAUGUUUACAUUAUCAAACUGGAACUUUCGGAUCCCUCUCCGAACGAUGCUGGGUUAUACAAAUGUACGGUCAAGAACGUUCAUGGCGAAAUUCAUGCCAAUCUAAACCUAAACAUCGAAAUUGCUCCUGUAAUUCCUGAUGUUCCUAGAGUCAUCAGGAUCGAAAAGAAGAGAACCAUUGUGGUAGAAUGCCAUGUAAAGGCGCAAACUGAACCGUCUGUGCUUUGGUACAAGGAGCAGAGCGUGGUUCAGAAAAGUUCUAAACACAUGGUUCAUGUCAACAGAGUUUCAGAGGGUGAAUUUGCUGUUCAACUGGAGAUUUCAGAAGCUCAGAUAAGUGAUCGCGGUGUCUAUAAGCUAGUGGCGAAAAACGAAAAAGGUGAAGCCAUUUCUAAAACGGUGGAAGUCAAGGAUAUUCCUGUAGAUGAUGUGAAACCCGAGCCGAAACCCGAGCCGAAACCCGAGCCGAAACCCGAGGCAAAACCCGAGCCGAAACCCGAGGCGAAACCCGAAGCCAAACCCGAGGCGAAACCCGAAGUGAAAAAACAGAAGUCGCCUGAAAAGACCAAAGAGGAAACGAGCACGAAGGAAAAAGAGAAAACUACGACUAUAACUGCAGAGAAGAAGGAAACUCGGGUAGAGGAGGUAAAAGUAGUGAAACCGAAACCGGCGGAAAAGACCAAAGAAGAACCAAGCCCAAAAGAAAAGCCAACACUAAAAAAAGUCGAAGGUUCGAAGCCGACUGUAGCCAAGCCACUUCAGAAUAUGUCGGUAGAAGAAGGUAAAUCAACCGAAUUGAUAUGCCAACUGAAAACAAGUGACACAAAGGCAACAGUUACCUGGACAAGGGAAGAAAAACGAAUCGCAGAGAGCAGCGAAAUGCGCAUGUCAUUUGACGGCACCGUAGCUCGGUUGCACAUCCAGUCAGUUCAUUCGGAGAUGUCUGGAACCUACAAAUGCCAGAUUGUUAACGAGUUCGGAAAAGAAGAGAGCACUGCCCAACUGAGUGUCAUCAGCAAGAAGAAGAAGGAAAAGAAAUGUGAAGACGGAUUUGUACCGGAAGAAGUGCACCAAGAGAAGGUUCAACCCCAGCAACAGAAAAUUAUGGAUAAACUUGACGAAACGUCAACGGAAAAGAAACCGAAUAUGAUGGGUGCCCGUUCUUCGCCUAAUGGAAAUUCUGCUACGCCAUUGGAAAUGGCCGCAAAAGAGAAACCUCCGAGUUCAUCGGUUAACCAAAGUAAUACUUCUGAGAGGAUGAACGCAGACGUGCCGAAGGAUCGGAAAUCAAACAUGGAUAACCAAACGACCAAGGAACUGAUAGGUGAAACUUCUAUUCGACCACCAGUUGAUGGGCGACGUCAGGACACAGCAACUCAAGACGGCCAACCUCAAAGCAGAAAAGGUAGUGUGUCAUCCGACCGUCGGCGCGAGGUUGCCUCUUCCAUUUCCUGUGGCGAAGCAGAAGAAAUAGCAUCGCGUGAGAAAUCAGAGGACCUUUCAAACGGGGCUGCUACCCUUAACGAGACCGACAAACUGAAACCGCUGGCUAAACCGGGCGUUCCCGUGCAAAAAGUUGGGGUUCCCACGAAUAGCAAUCUGAAAUCGGAUGAAGGAAAAGCAAUGGAUUCCACGAAUAAUUGUACGAAGCAAGCAGAACCCAUCAACAGCCAAGCAACUAACGAUGAAAAACAUAAACCGAACGAGAACGAAAAGAAGACGCACAAACCGAAAGAGGGUCCAACUUCCAUGCAAACACUUCUUGUACCGAAAAUUGACGAACCUCAAGGCCAGGACAAAUCACAUUCCACCGACGCAGCUGGAAAGCAUGAAAAAUUAAUUUCCAAACCAUCAUCUGACGCGGCUAAAACCUUUAGCGACACAAAGAAAUUAUUAAAACCAACCAGAAUAAAGAAAGAAGAGGACACCGCCCCCAAAGAACAGGAUAAAAAGCUUAAACCUGUGAAACCCAGCGAAGAGGAGAAACCUGAGCUGCCCAAAGAUCUGGCAACGAAGUUACGCGAAAAAGAAGCUCCAAAGAUCGAGGUUUUGGAACUGGAAUCUCCAGGAGGAAGCCGCCGAGGCUCCAUUCAACCUGGAUCAGGACCGCCUAGCAGACGAGGAUCUCUCAUUCCACCCGAGGACCAACCGCGUCGGCCUAGUCUACUCAUCUCCGAUGAGCAAUCAAUCAAAUUACGCCCGGGUGAAUUGGCUGCUGAGAAAAAAGCUAGGCCAGGGGAAGUGGAUGAAAAACAGAAACGAAGAACCAGCACUGACGCCCGCCGCCCAAGUACGGCUGAUGUGGGCGAGUGCAUUGAUAAGCCAUCAACACCACUCCGGCCAGUGGGUCCACCUGGUCCACCAUCUAUUGUCGAUAUUCAAGAAAACUAUUCAGCCGUUGAAGACGCAAAUGCCUACAUUACUGUUCGUGUGGAGGGUAAUCCAGUACCCACCUUCCGUUGCUUCAAAGGUAUCACAGAGAUCAUGGAUGGUGGACGCUACAAAUAUGUUACCGAUGGUGAAACGAACACCUUAACGCUUUGCAUCCGCAAGACAAAGCCGAACGACGAAGGGAAUUACCGAAUCGUUGUGACCAACGAACAUGGAGAAGACACAGCCGAAACGACUCUUUUUGUAUCAGACGCAAGUGGCAUGGACUUCCGUGCCAUGCUAAAAAAACGCAAAUAUGCCAAAUGGGGCAAGGAUAAAGAAGAUCCCGACUGGGGCACUCUCAAAGAAGUCGAAGAGCCACCGAAGCCACAACUGAAAAAAGUCGAAAAGAAACAAGAGAGCUUCAUGAAGCCUUUGAUCGACCAUACCGUUAAAGAAGGCAAAGAUAAGAAGGUGGUCUUUGAGUGCAUCUUCUCGAAGCCAAAUGGCAAACCUAAAUGGUUUCUUAAGAAAGAUGAAAUAUUCUCCGGGUCUCGCCAUAAAAUGACAGUUGAAAAUGACGUCUAUAAACUGAUUAUAACUCAGCCCAAAGUGGACGACAUGGGCAAAUAUACGAUAGAUAUUGGAGGCAUCACCUGCAGCGCCUAUCUUACUGUCGAGGAAGCUGACCAAGUGUAUUCGUUCGUCCGCCAGCUGCCAAAGAAAGCGGAAGCUUACCUAAACCGCGAAUAUGAGCUUGAAUGUCAGGUUAGCCAUCACAAAGCGCCAGUCAACUGGUACAAAGGCGAAGAGAAAAUUGAGGCCGAUGGACAGAGGUUUGAAAUUAGCAAAGACCUCACAGGAACCUGUCGCCUCAUUUUCAAAGGACCAAUCAAAGAAGACAAUGGAGAAUACAGCUGUAAAAUUGAGAGGCAGAAUCUCAAGACUUCGUGCCACCUCAAGUUUAUCGAAUUCCCGCACAAAUUCACCAAGACACUUUUGAGCGUCCAAGCCGCUGAAAAGGAGGCGGUAAUGCUGGAAUGCGAAGUAGAUGAGGACGAUGCAGGUGUAAUCUGGAAGAAAGACGGCGAAGUUUUCAAACCCACCGAUAAAAAGAUUCAAAUUCAAGUAGAGGGCAAGAAACGACGCCUCUUCUUCAAAGAAAUCAAGAUGAGCGACGCCGGAAACUACACUUGUCACACCAACGCCGACGAGACCCAAGCAGAGGUGACUGUCGAUUACGUUAACAAGUUUAACAAGAAACUGAAAGACACUGUCGUCACCGAACGUGAAAAGUUAAUCCUCGAGGUGGAGGUGGCUGAUCAGACAGCUUCGACUGAAUUUUUUCUCAAUGGCGAAGCUAUUAAACCAUCGGAUCGCAUCGAAAUCAAAAAUUUGGGUGGUGGCAAGCAUCAACUCAUAUUUAAUAGUGUCGAACUUACUGAUCAAGGAGAAAUUAAAUGCAAAUCUGGUCGACUCAAGUCCACUUGUCAGCUUACCGUCAACAAGGGCGAAGGCAAACCGGAAAUCAACCUUGAUACCCCUGUCGAAGGACCUAGCAACAAAAUGUUAAUUGUUGACGUCCCCUACGUUGUGCCGGGAGUUCGGAAAUCUCCCGUUGAAGCCAAAUUAUCGAAAGACGGCAAGAGCCUUGGCGUGAAAGAAGUCGAAAUCAUCGUUCAAGAGGAUAAAGCAAUUUUGAAGCUUAAGAAAACUGUUCGUUCUUCAAGCGGUAUUUACCAGAUCAAGCUGUCAAACGCUCAAGGAGAGACUACUAAAGACGUGUUCUUCAACAUUCAAGAUGUCCCUGGCUCACCCGAAGAUAUUUCAGUUCAUGAUAUUUACCAAGAUUCUUGCGUUCUCAAGUGGAAAAAGCCAAAAGACGAUGGUGGCAUGCCCAUCACUAAUUAUAUCAUUGAACGUCAAGAUCUGUCUGUAAAAGGUGGAUGGAAUGCAGUAGGAGAACUCCCAUCCGACCAACCUUUAUCUUACAAGUGCGAAGGGUUGAUCAACAAAAAAGAGUACAAAUUUCGUGUUGUGGCUGUAAACAAAAUGGGUAACUCGGAGCCAGGUGUUUUCCCCAAAGUUGUGCUCGCCAAAGAUCCUUGGGAUGAACCUGGAAAACCAGGUAAUGCUGAAGUGGUCGACUGGGAUGUCGAUCAUGCUGACAUUACAUGGACGAAGCCAGAAAAUGACGGAGGCUCUCCCAUCACUGGCUACGUCAUUGAGUACAAGGAAAAAUUCGGAAAUGACUGGGUGACAGCACAGGAAUUCCCUGGCGAUGCUACGAGCGGUACGGUUACGGGGCUUAAAGAAGGCACACAGUAUGAAUUCCGUAUUAGGGCUAUCAAUAAAGCGGGGCCCGGAGAACCCAGCGAUGCCACUAAACCCAUAAUCGCCAAAUCUCGUUUCGUCAAACCAUACAUCAUUGGCGAUGCAAUGAAACCAUUGGUAAUCAAGAAAGGACAAAUUAUUAAAUUCGAUGUUAAAUAUGGCGGCGAACCUGAACCUGAGGCUUCUUGGGACUUGGAAGGAAAAGCGAUCAAAAUCGACGGAGAAAGGAUACCCAACACGUCGACUAUAAGAGUGUCCGUCGACAAAUACGAACGCAACAGCGUGCUGACGGUGCGUAAAGCGGUUCGUGCAGACAGCGGCAAGUACAGAAUCACGUUGAAGAAUAGCUCCGGAACGUGCGAGGGCGUUGCUGAUGUCGUUGUUCUUGAUAAACCGUCCAGACCCACUGGACCCAUUAUUGCUGAUGAAAUUCGAGCUGAUCACAUUAAGAUCAAAUGGAAGAAACCAGAAGACGCCGGAGGAUCGCCGCUUACUGGCUACAUUAUCGAAAAGAUGGAUAUGGACACCGGACGAUGGGUUGCUGCCGGUGAGGUGGGACCCAAUGACGAAACUUUUACUGCUACUGGCUUGACGCCCAAAAAGAAAUACAAGUUCCGCGUCAAAGCCGUCAAUAAAGAAGGCGAAUCGGAGGCGUUGGAGGCAGAUGAGGCUAUAAUGGCCCGAAAUCCUUAUGAUGAGCCUGGCAAACCAAGCAAGCCCGUUAUUGAAGACUAUUCAGUUUCCAGCGUAACGCUGACUUGGAUCAAGCCUGACAACGAUGGUGGUCGGCCACUAACACACUAUAUCAUCGAAAUGAAGGACAAACUAUCCGUUGAGUGGAAGGAGGUACUCAUCACUCCUGACCCGACGUGCAAAGCGACAGUAGAUGGACUGAAAGAGAACCAAAUAGUGACGUUCCGCGUCCGCGCAGCCAACAAAGCUGGCUUUGGGGAACCUUCAGAGCCCACGGACACGCACACUGUCAAGCAUAGGAACUUGAAACCCAGGAUCGACCGCACUACGUUGAAAACAACCACCAUCAAGGUAGGCCGUGCCCACAAGUGGUCGGUGGAUGUGGCCGGUGAGCCACCUCCAACCAUUGUGUGGGUUUGGCGUGAUAGCAUCGCACUCACCAACACCGAGCGUAUUACCAUUGAAAAUCGCGAUUAUCACACGGAUUUCUCGAUAAUCGAUGCCACCCGCAAGGAUGCCGGCAUCUAUACUUUACAAGCAGAAAACAAAUCCGGAAAGGAUUCUGAAUCGGUUGAGCUGAUUGUUUUAGGCAAACCGAGCUCACCAAAAGGACCGUUAGAGGUUACCGAUGUCCACAAAGAAGGUUGUAAAUUAAGCUGGACUAAACCUGAAGACGACGGCGGACUCCCCAUUAAAGAAUACGAAAUUGAGAAGCUGGACGUGAGCACGGGCAAAUGGACCCGGGUCGGCAAAGUCAACGGAGAGAGGCAGCCACCCACCUAUAACGUAACAGGCCUGGAACCGGGCAAGAGCUACCAGUUCCGAGUCACCGCUAUUAACGACGAAGGAGAUUCUGAACCCUUGGUCACGACACAUGCCAUUGUUGCCAAAGAUCCUUACGAACAAUCUUCUGCUCCUGGACGGCCCGAUAUCGUCGAUUAUGACAACCGCAGCGUCGACUUGAAGUGGACAGCACCAACCGUAGAUGGAGGCGUUCCAAUCGAGAAAUACAUAAUCGAGAAAAAAGACAAAUUCAAACCCGAUUGGGAAAAAGCUGGCGAAGUGCCUGGAGACAAGUUGGAAGGCAAAGUCGUCGACCUGAAAGAACGUGGUGAAUACCAAUUCCGCAUCGUAGCCGUCAACAAAGCUGGAUUAUCCCCACCGUCAGAACCAACGCAGAUGCAUCUAGUGAAGCACAAACUACUCAAGCCGCAAAUCGACCGUACUAACUUGAAGCAAAUCAUGAUAAAAGCUGGCAAAGUGUUCAAGUACGACGUCAACAUCAGAGGUGAACCGCCUCCGACAGUCACUUGGUAUCUUGGCGAGAAAGAAGUCCUAUCACAAGAGAACGUUGAAAUUGUCAAUAUCGACUAUAACACCAAACUGAAUGUGAUUGACGCGAAACGAAAAAAUUCUGGCAUGUACAAGAUUGUUGCAGUCAACGAACACGGAAAAGACGAAGCCCAGGUUGAGGUGGUUGUCCUCGCCGCUCCAUCGAAACCUAAGGGACCGCUGAAAGUGACCGACGUAACCAAGAGUGGCUGCAAAUUGGCGUGGCAACCUCCCGAGGAUGAUGGUGGCAAGCCAGUCACAGGUUACGUAGUCGAGAAGCUAGAUAAAGGCCGCUGGGUACCGGUUGGUCGAUCCAAAGAUCCAGAGAUGGACGUUGGUGGCCUGCAAGAAGGCAAAGAAUAUAGCUUCCGAGUUAGAGCUGUGAAUGACGAAGGCGAAUCUGAGAAUCUCGAAACAGAUCAAUCCAUCAUCGCUAAGAAUCCGUUCGAUCCAUCUGGUAAACCAGGGACUCCAGAGAUCGUCGAUUGGGAUGUUGAUCGUGUCGACCUGAAAUGGACUGCACCCAAGAGCACGGGUGGUGUUCCUAUCACUGGUUACAUCAUUGAGAAGAAGGAACGAUUCGGAAGCAACUGGGAAGAAAUCCUGACAACGGAGAAACCCGAUUGUGAGGCUCGAGUGCCAGGAUUGAAGGAAGGUCAGCAAUAUCAGUUCCGCGUCCGAGCAGUCAACAAAGCGGGACCGGGUGAACCUAGUGAUCCGACUGCACCACACAUCGCCAAGGCGCGAUUCCUCAAACCGCAGAUCAACAGAGAAAAGCUCAAACAAAUUGUGGUGAGAGGUGGACAAUUCGUGAAAUUCGACGUCGACGUUAAAGGCGAACCAGCGCCAACUAUGCAGUGGAUUUUCGCUGGAGCGCCGUUGGAGUCCCAAGACCGCAUCAAAAUCGACAACAGCGAACACAACACCAAACUGUCGAUUGGUGACUCGAUCCGCAAAGACACUGGCGUCUACACUCUGGUGGCGGAAAACAGCGUUGGCAAAGACGAAGCCACAGUCGAAGUCAGCAUUUUAGCUAAGCCAGGCAAACCGGAAGGACCGAUGGAAGUCACCAACGUCCACAAAGAAGGCUGCAAGGUCAAAUGGGACAAGCCAAAGGAUGAUGGUGGUCUUCCCAUCACAGGCUACAUUUUAGAGAAGAUGGAAGUUGGUACAGGCAAGUGGUCACCAGCGGGCCGCUGCGACCCAGAGAAGAACGAACUCGACGUUGUUGGUUUGGAACAAGGCAAGAAAUAUCACUUCCGAGUCAAGGCAGUCAACGAAGAAGGAGAAGGAGAACCGUUGGAAACAGACGGCGCCAUCUUGGCCAAGAACCCUUUCGAUCCUCCGGCACCACCUGGACUACCGGAACUCGUCGACUGGAACGAAAACAUGGUCAAGCUGAAAUGGGACCAACCGAUCCGAGAUGGUGGUUCGCCCAUCACUGGGUACAUCAUUGAAAUGGUGGACAAGUAUGGCGGAAUUUUCGUCAAAGCCGCUGAAGUCAAAGGAAACGUUUGUCAAGGCGUCGUUAAUAACCUGGAGGAGGGUAACCGUUACGAGUUCCGUGUUCGCGCUGUGAAUAAGGCCGGACAAAGUGAGCCUAGCGAUUCCACCAAACCACACGUAGCCAAAGCCCGGUUCUUCAAACCGAAAAUCGAUCGAACUAAUUUACAAAAAGUGACGAUUAAAGUCGGUCUGCAAGUCAACCUUGAUGUCAACGUUGCCGGCGAACCUCCACCGGUUGUAACCUGGACUCUGAAAGACAAUGAAGUUCAAUCGAACGAACAAGUUCGAGUUGACAAUUCGGACUACAAUACCAAAUUCUUGAUUUUCCGGGCCACGAGAGCCCUCAGUGGUGUCUAUACCAUUACUGCCACAAACUCACAAGGCGAAGACAAAGCAGAAGUUGAGAUUCUCAUUCUGAGUAAACCAAGCAAACCUAAAGGUCCACUUGAAGUUGAAAACGUCCAUAAAAGCGGCUGCAAGCUUAAGUGGAAAAAACCGGAAGACGACGGCGGAUCGCCUAUUGAGUACUACGAGAUCGAAAAAUUGGACCCGUUGACUGGCCAGUGGGUACCGGCCGGUCAAUCGCAAGAGCCCGAAGCAGAAAUCACCGGACUUCACGAGGGCAAGAAAUACAAAUUCCGCGUCAAGGCCGUCAACAAGGAAGGCGAAUCGGAAGAAUUGGAAACCGAUCAAGCCAUUAUCGCCAAGAACCCGUACGAUCCACCCAGCAAGCCCGGACGUCCUGAACUCACAGACUGGGACAAGGACUUUGUCGACAUGAAAUGGAGUCCUCCGAAAUCCGAUGGCGGCAUGCCUAUCGACAAAUAUAUCGUCCAAAAGCGUGACAAGGACGCUAGGGGUUGGUCCGAAUGCGCUCGUGUCAACGGCGACAAGACCAGCGCCAAAGUCACGGAUGUGGAACCUGGACAUGAAUACGAAUUCCGUAUUGUGGCACUGAACAAGGCUGGCGAGAGCGAGCCGAGCGAUGUCUCUCAGUCGGUGGUGACCAAGCCACGAUUCUUGGCACCUCACAUCGACCGCAAAACGCUCAUGAAGCAAGUCAUUCACUCCGGCCAACUUCUGCGCAUGGAGGCGGACGUACAAGGUGAGCCAGCGCCACAAGUGACCUGGUUCCGUCAGGAGGAGCAGCUAGUUACCUACGAUCAGCUGACCAUCACCAAUGAACCAUACAGAACGAGUUUCAUCAUAACCAAGACUAAGCGUUCGGACACGGGUCUUUAUCGCGUUUUCGCCAAGAACGAUUCGGGCACCGAUCAAGUCGAAGUCGAAAUCAUUGUCCUUAGCAAGCCAGGUAAACCUAAAGGCCCUCUAGCAGUCAGUGAAGUAACUGCAGAAGGCUGCAAACUGAAAUGGGAACCGCCAGAAGAUGAUGGAGGCCUACCUCUCGAGAACUACGUCGUCGAGCGAAUGGAUACGGAUACGGGACGCUGGGUGCAGGUUUGCACGACAAAGGCUCCCGAAGCGGAAGUCAGUGGAUUAACCGAAGGCAAGGAAUACCAAUUCCGAGUACGUGCUGUCAACCCCGAGGGUGAGUCCGAUCCGUUGGAAACCGAUGUGCCAACACUGGCCAAAAAUCCAUACCAAGCACCUGACGCUCCAGGCAAGCCACAGAUCAAAGACUGGGAUCGCCACCAGGUCGAUCUGAAGUGGACCGUUCCGAAAUCGGACGGCGGUUCGCCUAUCACGGCCUACAUUGUAGAAAAGAAAGACAAUAACGCCACUAAAUGGUCAAAAGCUAUGGAGGUCGUUGGCAAUAAGUUGGAAGCCCGCGUUACUGGAUUGACGGAGAAUCACACUUACACGUUCCGCAUUCGUGCCGUUAACAAAGCUGGCCAGAGUAAGCCUAGCGAAGCCAGCGAUCCUGUUACGGCUAAACCACGUUUCUUGGCACCCAAGAUCGAUCGUACCAAUUUGAAGAAUGUGACUAUCAAAGCCGGUCAGCCGUUCAAGUUUGAUGUCAAUGUCAUUGGUGAACCAGCUCCAACCAUCACUUGGUUCCAGAACAAAGCUCAUUUACUCACCAAGGAUAACAUGACAGUCGAUGUUGACUCGCACCGUACAAAGUUGUCAGUCUUGAUGUCUUCCCGUGUCAAUACGGGCACCUACGUCAUUAAAGCCGAAAACAGUUCGGGUAAAGACGAGGCGUCGGUGGAAGUCACUGUUCUGGACAGGCCAGCUAAACCGGAAGGUCCGCUCAAGAUCAACGAUAUUCACAAGGAGGGAUGCAACCUCAAGUGGAACCCGCCCCUUGAUGACGGCGGAUCGCCCAUUGAGCACUACGUCGUCGAGAAAAUGGACACGGAGAACGGCCGAUGGGUUCCUGUUGGUCGCAGCAAAGACCCGAAAAUGGAAGUCAGCAACCUGACACCUGGACAGGAAUACAAGUUCCGCGUGUCGGCCGUCAAUGCGGAAGGCGAUUCAGAGCCACUGGAAGCCACAGAGGCCAUUAUCGCCAAAAAUCCUUUCGAUGAGCCAGGACCGCCCGGAGCUCCUGAAGCCACCGACUGGGAUCGGCAUUUCGUCGAACUCAAAUGGACCCAACCAACCAAGGAUGGUGGUUCUCCUAUCACUGGCUAUGUGGUCGAGAAACGCGAAAAGGGUAACACUCGCUGGACCAAAGCCGCCGAGUUCCGCACACCCGAAUGCAAGGGCAAAGUGGACAACCUCGACGAAGGUGUCACUUAUGAAUUCCGCGUCCGGGCUGUAAACGAAGCUGGAGCCGGAGAGCCUAGUGAAGCCAGCAAACCCAUUGUCACCAAACCCAGAAAAUUGGCACCUAAGAUCGACCGCCGUACUUUGCGCAACGUGACGAUUCGUGAAGGCGAAUCGUUCCUGUUCGACGUCAAGAUCAUCGGCGAACCUGCUCCAGAUGUCAGUUGGGCUCUUGGUGGCAAAUCCGUCCAACUGAGCCAUUCGAGAAGAAUUGAAAAUGUGCCAUACAACUCCAAGUUCUUCAACGACAAAGCCGAACGAAAGGACACUGGCACCUACCUCAUCACUGCCAUCAACAAGUGGGGCCAGGAUACGGCCGAGGUGGAAGUUGUUGUUGUCUCCAAACCGGGCAAACCAGAAGGACCGCUGGAAGUGAGUGAUGUGCACAAAGAAGGAUGCAAGCUCAAGUGGAAGAAACCGAAAGAUGACGGCGGCGAACCUAUUGAGUGUUACUCUGUUGAGAAAUUCGACGCCGAUAGUGGUAUGUGGCUGCCAGUAGGCAAGACCAAGGAUCCCGAACUCGAUGUCCUUGGUUUGGUACCGGGCCACGAAUAUCAUUUCCGGGUCAAGGCCGUCAACAAGGAGGGAGAGUCGGAGCCUUUAGAGACCAUGGCUCCCAUCAUUGCCAAAGACCCUUUCACCGUUCCAUCCGCGCCUCGCAAUCCCGAGGCCAUCGAUUGGGGCCCAAGUUACGUGGAACUUUCUUGGAAAGAACCGAUUUCAGACGGAGGAGCAGUCAUUACGGGUUACAUCAUUGAGAAGCGCGACAAAUAUAGCGUCAUGUGGGAGAAAGCUAUGGAAACAUCGGAUCCGCUCUGUCAAGCCAAAGUUGUAAACUUGAUCGAGAACAUGGAGUAUCAAUUCCGUGUUAUCGCCAUUAAUAAAGCCGGAAACUCAGAACCCAGCGAUGCAACCAAAACGAUUAUCACAAAAGCUCGCUUCCUUGCACCCAAGAUUGAUCGGCGCAAUAUGCGAGAUUUGACGCUUACUGCUAAUUCAAUGCUGAAAUUUGAUGUUGGAAUUAGUGGUGAACCUCCACCAACUGCAGUAUGGACAGUGAGCGGUAAUCCGAUUAGGGCGUCCAAAUCAGUUCAAAUCGACAGCGUCGAUUACAACAGUAAGCUGAUCAUGCGCAAUGUUCAGCGCGGUGACAGUGGUGAAUACACCAUCACGGCAACGAACAGCUCGGGCAAGGACAGUGUGACGGUGACCGUCACGGUGACGGAUAAGCCUAGCGCACCGGAAGGGCCGCUCCAAGUCAGCGACAUCCACAACGAGGGCUGCAAACUCAAGUGGAAGAGACCAAAGGACGACGGCGGUGUGCCCAUUUCCUACUACCAAGUGGAGAAAUUGGACCCACAGACUGGUAUCUGGGUCCCUUGCGGCCGUUCCAACGAAACUGCUGCUGAAGUCGCCGGACUGACUCCGGGCAAAGAAUACAAGUUCCGAGUAAUGGCUGUCAAUACUGAAGGAGAAUCGGAGCCGCUGGAAACGCUGCAGCCCAUCUUGGCCAAGAAUCCUUUCGACGAGCCGGGGAAACCGACCGACGUGACACCGACCGACUGGGACAGGGAUCACGUCGACCUGAAAUGGGCGGCUCCGACCGCCGAUGGUGGGUCGCCCAUAACCGGUUACAUUGUGGAAAAGAAAGACAAGUACGGCGACUGGGAGAAGGCUGCCGAAGUGCCUGCCACGUUAACCAAUGCGCGCGCACUCGACCUUAUCGAAGGACAAGCGUACGAAUUCCGUGUCCGUGCCGUCAACGCGGCCGGCCCGGGUGAACCGAGCGACGCCACUCUACCCAUUGUGGCUAAAUCACGCAAUAUGCCGCCCAAGAUCGACCGAUCAACUUUAACGCCUGUCAAGAUCAAAGCUGGCCAAUCGUUCAGUUACGACGUGAAUGUAAGUGGUGAGCCGGCCCCCACAACGAAAUGGGCGUUGCGCGGAAAAGAAGUCAAGGCAGCCGACCACAUCCGCAUCACCGCAAUCGACUACAAUACUAAACUUAACGUUCGAAUGGCCACGCGUGCCGAUUCAGGUGUUUACACCAUUUCAGCCGAAAACAUCAACGGCAAAGAUUCUGCCGAUGUAGAUGUCGUGGUCAUCGACAAACCAGGUACUCCAGGCGGACCUCUGAAAGCCUCGAAUGUCCAUGCCGAUGGCUUGACUCUAGACUGGAAUCCACCCCAUGAUGAUGGUGGUAUCCCAGUCGACCACUACCUGGUCGAGAAAAUGGAUGAGGCCACAGGCAGGUGGGUACCAGCCGGACAAACCAAAGGACCGACCACGAAGCUAGACGUCGACGGCCUGACGCCCGGUCAUAAAUACAAAUUCCGAGUACGUGCCGUGAACAAGCAAGGCAAAUCAGAUCCGCUAACGACGGCACAGGCCAUCGAAGCUAAAAAUCCGUUUGAGGAACCGGGCAAACCAGGGACGCCCGAAAUUAACGAUUACGACAGGGACUUUGUUCAGCUCUCGUGGAAACGACCAGAGACAGAUGGUGGCGCGCCUAUCACGGGCUACAUUAUCGAGAAGAAAGACAAGUACAGUGGAGCGUGGGAGCCGUGCUGUGAAGUAACGGGCGACGUCAACAGUGGCCGCGUGGCCGAUCUCAUCGAAGGCGUCCAAUACGAAUUCCGUGUAAAGGCGGUUAAUAGAGGCGGACCAGGAGAACCGAGUGAUCCGACGCUGCCUCACACUGCUCGUCCCAAGAAUCUUCCACCCAAAAUUGAUCGUGCCACUCUGGGCGACAUCAAAAUCCGGGCUGGUCAGACAUUCGAUCUGGAUGCCAACGUCAUUGGUGAACCGCCACCGAGAAAGGAAUGGACAGUUCGCGGCCAGACUUUGGUUGUGGACUCACGUAUCCGUUUGACUGUUGAAGACUACAGCAUCAAACUAAGACUUACCGAUUCGAAACGCAGCGAUUCUGGCGUCUAUACCUUGACAGCCACUAACAUUAACGGCCAAGACACAGCCACUGUGAAGGUAACCAUUCUCGACGUACCAACGGCUCCCGAAGGCCCGCUGGCCGUCAACGACCUGACGAAAUCGGCUUGCGUCCUCCGUUGGAGGCCUCCAAAGGACGACGGCGGUUCCGACGUCACUCACUACAUCGUCGAGAAACAAGACGCCGAAAACAUGCGCUGGAUCACGGUGGGAGACUGCAAAGGCACCACGAUGCGCGUUCCGCUCCUGGAAAACCACGACUACAAGUUCCGCGUGCGCGCCGUCAAUCGGCAAGGCGAAUCAGUACCGCUCAACACUACGUCUACUGUAACAGCCAAGGACCCAUAUGAACGACCUGAUAAGCCCGGUACACCGGAGCCUACCGACUGGGACAAGAAUCACAUCGACAUACAAUGGAAUCCACCCAAGAAAGAUUGCGGCACACCGUUGACUGCCUACAUAAUCGAGAAACGCUCUAAAUUCGGCAUCUGGGAGAAGGCGAUCGAAGUGGCCGGCUCGCAGACAAAAGCUCGCGUUCCAGACCUGACAGAAGGAGAAGAAUACGAAUUCCGCGUGACGGCGGUUAACAAGGCUGGCGUUGGUGAGCCAAGCGAUGCAUCAGCACCAAUCAUAGCUCGCGCCCGUUACCUGGCUCCACAACUUGACAAGUCCUUCCUGGAGGAUAUAGUUGUGCGCGCCGGUCAACGCAUUGCUUACAAUCUACCGUACCAGGCGGCACCCAAACCUACCGUAAAAUGGCAGGUAAAUGGCAAGCCGGUACAUCCAGAGGACAGCCGUGUUCACAUGGCUACCUACGAGCGUCAGAUCUUGUUCGAAAUUCCCUUCUCGCUGCGCUCCGACACAGGAAAGUAUACAGUCACGCUGGAAAACAAUCUGGGCAACGUUUCAGCCACAGCCAACGUCACCGUUCUGGAUCGACCUUCCGUUCCCGAAGGGCCUCUUCUAGUCAGCAACGUCAAAAAAGAUGGCUGCCUCUUGUCAUGGAGGCCGCCACUGGAUGAUGGAGGUGCACCCGUCACCCACUACAUCAUCGAAAAGAUGGACACGUCGCGUGGAACAUGGGCCGAAUCGGCGGUGUCGUCCAACACUACUUGCGAUGUGACCAAAUUGGUCCACAUGAAAGAAUACUACUUCAGGGUGAAAGCAGUCAAUAGCAUCGGAGAGUCUGAUCCGCUUGCUACGGCCAACAGUAUGGUCGCCAAAAAUGCUUUCGACGAGCCGGACGCCCCCGGACGGCCUAACAUUGUCGAUUGGGACAGCGACUUUAUCGAUCUUGAGUGGAAACCACCAGCAAACGACGGUGGGUCACCCAUCACCGGCUACGUUAUUCAAAAGAAGGAAAAGGGUUCGCCGUUCUGGCAAAACGCUGGUCAAGUACCGGGCAAAGAGUGCAAGGGACGCGCUGCCGACUUGGUCGAAGGCACCGAAUACGAAUUCCGUAUCAUCGCCAUCAACGCAGCCGGCGCCAGCCAACCCAGCGAGCCGUCCGACUUGGUCAUGGCCCGUCCGCGUCAUCUGGCUCCCAAGAUCAAAACUCCGCUACGAGAAAUCCGCAUCAAGGCCGGCACCAUCUUCCAUGUGGACAUCAACUACAUCGGCGAGCCGUCGCCUAACGUCGAAUGGACUUGCGAUGGUCGCGUUCUCACAACCGACGAACGCGCCACCAUCACGGCCAUCGGCUACCACACGAUCGUGCACAUCGUCAACACGAGGCGUAGCGACUCUGGCGAACUUCGUCUCCGUCUCAGCAACGAAUCGGGCACCGAUGAAGGUUCCUUCUUGUUGGUCGUCAUGGACCGUCCAGGACCGCCGACUGGGCCUCUCGAGUACGAAGAGAUCACCAGCUCGAGCGUGACACUUUCGUGGAAAGCACCAAAGGACAACGGCGGCAGUGACAUCACGGCCUACGUCAUCGAGAAACGCGAUUUGACGCACGGCGGUGGCUGGGUGCCGGCCGUCAAUUACGUCGACCCGCGCCACACGCACGGCACCGUUCCCAGAUUGAUGGAGGGUACCAAAUACGAAUUCCGAGUCAUGGCCGAGAACGUCCAAGGCCGUUCAGAUCCACUGGACACGGACAAAGCCAUCGUGGCCAAGAACCAGUACGACGUUCCAGGACGUCCCGGACGGCCCGACGCCGUCGACACCGACAAGGAUCACAUCAAAAUCCGCUGGUCGCCACCGCACAGCAACGGCGGCUCGCCCAUCGUCGGCUACGAUGUGGAGCGACGCGACGUCCGCGGCCGCUGGAUCAAGAUCAAUCGCGAUCCGGUCCGCUUGAACGAAUUCAACGACGACAAGGUCCAAGAUGGCCAUCAAUACGAAUACCGAGUGACGGCCAUCAACGCGGCCGGACCGGGCAAGAGCAGUGAGGCGUCUCAUCCUUUCACAGCGAAACCGAUGCGCGAGAAACCACGCCUUCAUCUUGAUAAACUGACGAGCCGCCGGAUCAAGGUCAAAGCCGGCGAGCCCAUCAACGUCGAGAUCCCGCUCUCUGGCGCUCCCACUCCCACUGUCGAAUGGACCAAAGAGAAGAAGGCCAUCUCCGACAACCGCAUCGUCACCGACACGCAAAACGACCGUACCAAGUUGUACGUGUCGUCGUCGAGACGGACCGACGCUGGCAAAUACCAAGUCUCGGCCCACAAUGCGCACGGAAAGGAUAGUGCAGAGCUGGAGGUUUUGGUGAUGGACAAGCCUGCACCACCAGGUGGCCCACUGACUUACACGAACGUGUCGGCCGAAGGAAUCACGCUCAACUGGAAGAAACCGAUGGAUGACGGUGGAUCAGAGAUUACCGGCUACGUCAUUGAGAAAACAGACGCCUUGUCAGAAAACUGGCGACCUUUGCCGGGCUAUUGUCCAGGACUCAGCUUCACCGUCAAGACGGGCUUGGAGGACAGCAAACGCUAUGCCUUCCGAGUUCGGGCUGAGAACGUCUACGGACUUUCGGAGCCUCUGACCGGGAAGCCGGUGGCGGCCAAGAGUCCGUUCGACCCACCAGAUGCGCCCGACGGGCUCAAGAUCGUCUCCUACACGCCCAACAGCUGCACGUUGGCCUGGGAACCUCCAGCCUUCAGUGGCGGCCGUCCCAUUACGGGUUACUACGUGGAGAAACGCGACCGCGGUGGCGAAUGGUUGCGCGUGAACCAAUACCCGACGCCGAACCCCACUCAUAUGGUGACCAAUCUCAUUGAGGGCAACCGUUACGAGUUCCGUGUUGUUGCCGUUAACGAGGCCGGCCCGGGUAAACCCAGCCGCCCGACUGAACCUCUAGUAGCUCGAAUCCAGAAAUUUGCACCAGAAGCCCCCGACGCACCCAAACUGGAUCGUGUGUUCAGGAACAGCGUAGCCCUGUCGUGGCGUCCACCUCUGAAUGACGGUGGCUUGCGUAUCAAAGGGUACAUCGUUCAGAAAAAACUCAAAACUGCAGUGGACUGGGAGGAAGUAAAUUCUCUUCUGAUCAGUGAAACGAAUUACACGGUUCCAGGAUUGACAGAGGGUGAAGAAUACCAUUUCCGUAUCAUCGCUGUUAAUGACGUUGGUUCAUCACCUCCGAGUCGUGCGUCACCCACUGUGAAAGUGGAGGAGCAGGCAGACCGUCCACAUAUUGACCUGGGUUCGAUGCGUGACAUCACCGUGCGCGCAGGCGAAGAUUUCUCCAUCAUGGUGCCCUACCGUGCGUUUCCCAAACCAAUGGCGACUUGGUUUGCAAACGACGUGGUCUUUGACGAAACGGAUGUUCGGGUCCACUCUCAGGUGAUGGAUGAAUAUGCCACCAUCGUGGUUAAAAAUUCCCAAAGGAAAGAUACCGGGCCGUACAAAUUACAACUGCGCAACAACGCUGGGUUUGACUCCGUCACUGUCCACGUUCGCGUGCUGGACAGACCGUCGGCCCCGCUUAACCUGCACGCCGAGGACUUUGCAGGAGACAGCCUGACGCUCGUCUGGCAGCCCCCGAAGGACAACGGCGGUGCUGAGGUCACUAACUACGUCGUCGAAAAGAAGGAGCCACGUUCACCAACUUGGUCUCGAGUCAGCGGCUACGUGGUCGCCACGUCAUCAAAAGUCCGCGGGCUAGUCGUCGGCCGCGACUACGAGUUCCGCGUCAUGGCCGAAAACCAGUACGGAACGUCGGAGCCGACGACAACGGAAGAGCCCAUCAAGGCCAAACAUUCGUUCAACGUUCCCGGCGCACCUGGCAUGCCUCGCUCGCUAGAAACAAGUGGCGACUCGAUCACCAUCGCUUGGACAAGACCUCGCCAAGACGGCGGAUCGGCCAUCAUGGGCUACGUUGUCGAGCGUCGCCUCUACCGUGAAGAUAAAUGGACGAGAGCUUCACAUGCCGUUGUUGCCGAGCUAACUCUGCGUGUCAUUAACUUGUCGGAAAAUCACGAGUACGAGUUCCGCGUGGCCGCCGUUAACGCGGCCGGCCAAGGACCGUGGAGUGACAACUCUGAUCCAAUUUGCUGCCAACCAGCGCUCUGCGCCCCAAAGAUCACAAGCGACUUGAGCAUCCGCGACAUGACGGUCAUCGCUGGCGAAGAGUUCACCAUCACUGUCCCGUUCAACGGCAGUCCAACGCCGAAGCCUUCGUGGAACAUCAAUAACGACGAAGUCAUCCAGGAUGAUCGGAUUCGGUUUGAAACUUCGGCUACGGCCACGGUCUACCUCAAUCGUUGCGCGAAGCGCAGUGAUUCCGGAAAGUAUACUAUCCGGUUGACUAAUACCGAAGGUAGUGACUCUGCCUCUUGUCGCGUUUUGGUCGUUGGUAAACCAGGCCCACCGGUAGCGCCGCUGGACGUAUCAGAUAUCACCCCGGAAACUUGCACGCUGACGUGGCGUCCCCCCGCCGACGACGGCGGCUCGCCCAUCUCCAACUACGUUAUCGAUCGCAUGGACGUCUCGGUUGGGGUUUGGAUGAAAAUCAGCUCGUUUGUGCGUGGCUGCUCGUACAACGUUUUCAGUCUAGAAACCAAUCGCAAGUAUCUGUUCCGCGUCCGCGCCGAAAACCAAUACGGCAUCAGUGACCCACUUGAAAGCGACGACCCAAUCACAGCUAAAUUUCCUUUCACGAUUCCCGAGCCUCCUGGUCAGCCUCGCGUAUCCGACAGUGGAUCUGAUAGUGCCACGUUGACUUGGGAGCGGCCCCGCUACGACGGUGGAUCCAAGAUACAAGGCUAUCAAAUUGAACGCCGUGAUCUACAAGAGGAUCGCGACUGGAUCAUCGUCAACGAUUACCUCGUAAAGGACACCACCUAUGUAGCUCACAACCUGCUCAUUGGUCAUGAGUACGAGUUCCGCGUGCGGGCAAAGAAUGCUGCCGGUAUGAGUAAACCGUCGCCGUCCUCGUCCCGUUUCAAGACAAAGGGUAAAUUCACCGUACCUGCUCCACCCGGUGUGCCUCAAGUCGUCAAAGUUGGACGCACCUAUGUCGAUCUUCGAUGGGAACCGCCGGUUUCGGACGGUGGCAGCAGAAUUACGGGCUACCUCAUCGAAAAACGCGAGGUGGGAGGCGCGUUUUGGGUUCGUUGCAACGACUACAACGUCCUGGCGUGUGACUUCACGGUCAACAAUUUGAGUGAGGGCCAGGACUACGAGUUCCGCGUUUCAGCCAUCAAUGCGGCCGGAAAGAGCGAACCAAGCACAUGCGCUUCGGCAGUGAAAAUCCGCGAACUGACAGGUGGCGAAAAACCGCAGUUCGUGCGACCACUGGUUAGUAAAGGAGUGCCUAUGGGACGUAGAGUCGUUUUUGAGUGCGAAGCUACGGGCGUUCCUUGUCCGCGUAGCCGCUGGUUGAAGAACUCUCGCGAAGUAGUAACGGGAGGCCGUAUCCACACAGAAGAGCGUGACGGAGUCUUCCGUCUUACUAUUUCUGAACUGUGGGAAGUAGACGAAGGAGACUACACCUGCGAGGCUAUCAAUAUGAGUGGCUCUGCAAGCUGCACGGCCAGACUGAAGAUCGGCAAUCCGCCACGUAUCGACCGCCUGCCGGGCGACCUCUACCUACCCGAAGGAGACAAUACCAAGAUCAAGAUUUACUUCUCUGGCGACCAGCCGAUGGACGUGUCGCUGACCAAAGACGGCCACGAGAUUGUCGAAACGGUGCGCAUCAAAUACACCGUUUUUGACGAAUACCUCAUCAUCUUCAUCAAGGAGAUCACCAAGAGCGACGCUGGCCAGUACACUCUGCGAGUCAAGAACGACAGCGGCGACGUAUCCGCUUCCUUCACCGUUUACAUCACUGGAGUGCCCGGUGCUCCCAUUGGGCCCCUUGAGGUCUCGGACAUCACCCAGCACAAGUGCACCCUCAACUGGAAACCGCCUUCGUACGACGGCGGCAAGCGCAUCACCCACUACAUCGUCGAACGUCACGAUGUCAGUCACACGCAUUGGAUCUGCGUAUCCUCGCAGUGCAAGGACACAACUUUUACUGUUCAGGGCUUGACCGAAGGUCAAGAAUACCUGUUCCGUGUUAUGGCCGCUAACGAUAACGGCAUGGGUCCUGCGCUGGAAGGUGUUAAUCCUAUCAAAGCCAAAGCACCCUUUGAUCCACCCACGGCACCUGGCACGCCCAAUGUCACCGAAGUCGGUAAGGACUUUGCUCAUUUGUCAUGGGCCAAACCCGAUUCAGAUGGUGGAGCGCGUAUCCAGGGCUACUGGGUAGACAAACGCGAAGCUGGAAGUGCCACAUGGCAGCGCAUCAAUAUCAGUCUCUGCCUGACAACGCAGUUCAACGUUAGCAACCUCAUCGAAGACCGCCAGUAUGAAUUCCGCGUGUUGGCCCAAAACGAAGCUGGCCUAUCGCCGCCGUCAAUGGCUUCCACGUCGGUGCGUAUCAAAGAUCCCAACGCUGCCAGUCCACCAGAAAUUCUGACUCCGCUGAGAAAUGUGCUUGGUUUGGAGAACCGCAACGUUCAGUUCCAGUGUACCAUUCUCGGCAACCCUUCGCCCACUAUCACCUGGUACAAGGGAAUGCGUGAGAUUAGCUAUAGUUCCAAGUACAGCACGCGCAAAGAAGGCGACACUUAUUUCCUCGUCGUCAACGAUAUUUUCGGCGAAGAUGCAGAUGAAUAUGUCUGCCGAGCUGUGAACAAAGCAGGAGCCAAGUCCACCCGCGCUGAAUUGAUCAUCAAAACUGUGCCGAAGAUCAACGUACCUCCACGCUUUCGCGAUACGGCCUUCUUUGACAAAGGCGAGAACGUAGUAGUCAAAAUUCCAUUCACGGGUAAUCCGCGUCCGAAAAUCAUCUGGUCGCGUGAGGGUGAAACCAUCGAAACUGGCGCACACUAUCACGUUGAAGUGAAAGAAAGGCACGCCAUUCUUACAAUCCGUGACGUCACUCAGCUGGACAGCGGACCGUAUCGCCUCGUGGCCGAAAAUGAACUUGGCAUGGAUUCUGUGAUCAUAAAAUUGCAGAUUAGUGACCGACCCGAGCCACCCCGCUUCCCAACCGUCGAGAAUGUUGGUGCCGACUCGCUCAGCCUGACUUGGAAGCCUCCAACGUGGGAUGGUGGCAGUGCCAUCACCAACUAUAUUGUGGAGAAACGUGAACAUCCGAUGAGUAGUUGGAUCCGAGUCGGGCCUACCCGUUUCUGUGCCAUAAACGCUACAGCACUGAGCCCCGGCCACAGCUACGAGUUCCGUAUCUACGCCGAGAACGUGUAUGGCCGUAGUGACGCCAGUGAUGUAACACCACUUGUUCAAACAAAAGGCGGUGGUACUAAGCAACACAAACGUCGUCAGUACCAAGUAGACGAAGCGGGAAAGCGAAUUCGCGGGACGGCCAGUGAAGGGAAGAUCAACGAUUACGAUCAAUUCGUUUUCGAUAUCUAUUCCAAGUAUGUGCCUCAGCCUGUCGAUAUUAAAACGACGAGCGUAUAUGAUCUAUACGACAUACUGGAAGAAAUAGGCACGGGAGCUUUCGGUGUCGUGCACCGUUGCCGCGAACGGAAAUCUGGUCACAUUUUUGCUGCCAAGUUUAUUCCUGUUUCACAGGCUGUCGAAAAGGAGCUGAUCCGCAAGGAAAUCGACAUCAUGAACCAGCUGCAUCAUCCGAAACUCAUCAACUUGCACGACGCCUUCGAAGACGACGAUGAAAUGGUUCUCAUUUACGAGUUCCUUUCGGGCGGUGAACUGUUCGAGCGCAUCACCGCCGAUGGCUACACCAUGUCUGAAGCUGAAGUCAUCAACUACAUGAGACAGAUCUGCGAGGCAGUCAAGCACAUGCACGAGAAGAACAUUAUCCACUUGGACGUCAAACCUGAGAACAUUAUGUGCGUCACCAAGAACAGCACGGUCGUCAAGUUGAUCGAUUUCGGACUGGCGACGAAACUCGACCCCAAUCAGUUGGUCAAGAUUUCCACUGGCACAGCCGAGUUCGCCGCCCCGGAAAUCGUCGAGCGCGAGCCUGUCGGCUUCUACACGGACAUGUGGGCCGUCGGUGUGCUGGCUUACGUCCUGCUCAGCGGUCUGUCGCCUUUCGCCGGCGAGAACGACAUUGAAACGCUCAAGAACGUCAAAGCCUGCGACUGGGACUUUGACGAGGAAGCUUUCUCAACAGUUUCCGAAGAAGGGAAAGACUUCAUCCGUCAUUUGUUGACCAAGAACAAAGAGAAGCGCAUGACAGCCCAUGAGUGUCUUCUCCACCCGUGGCUGCUGGGCGACCACAGCGCGUUGUCCACCACCAUUUCUUCUUCGCGUUACCUUGCCAUCCGCGACAGGCUUCGCGCUAAAUACCCCGGUUGGGAAGAUUACCUGGUGCCCAUCGGACGUCUCUCCGAGUACAGCUGCCUCCGCAAGUUGCUGAUCGAGCGCUACCGCAUCCACGAGUAUUCGUUCGACCGGCGCGAAGCGGCUCCGCGCUUCGUCAUCCGGCCAAAGUCCGCUUUCGCUUACGAAGGACAAAGCGCCAAAUUCUACUGUCGCAUCAUUGCUGUGGCACCGCCCACUGUCACCUGGGCGCACAACAAUUGCGAGCUCAAGCAGAGCGUCAAGUUCAUGAAGCGUUACGCUGGAGACGACUACACGUUCGUCAUCAACCGAGUCAAACUAGAAGACCGCGGAGAAUACAUGAUCCGAGCCGUCAAUCACUACGGUCUCAGAGAGGAGCCCAUUUUCCUCAACGUUCAACCGCUACCGAAAGAGGUACCGCAAUACAAACCGGAUAUGACUCCGCUUCGGCGCCGCAAGCCACUCGAAUACCAACUGUGGCAGGAUGAACGUGAUUCCGUGCCAACAUUCACUUUCCUGCUCCGCCCUCGUGUCAUUCAGCUGCAUCAAACGUGCAAACUCCUGUGCUGUCUGAGCGGUAGACCUACACCAACGGUCAAAUGGUUUAAAGACAAACGGGAAUUAUCCAAAUACGAUUACACUAUGACGUACUCGGAUGGUGUUGUUACAAUGGAAAUCGCAAACUGCAAAGUAGAAGAUUCGGGUAACUAUCGAUGCGUCGCCACCAACGCCAUGGGUCAGGAUGAAACUUCUUGCGUCGUCAUCGUCGAAGGUGCCAACGUGUCAACUGAUCAAGCCGACUUGGUCAACAACUUACUUCGCUCCGGAGAUCGACGGUACGUUGAGAAUAAGUCCACCACGCGCACACAGGAGUCUUAUACUUCGCAAAGCCAUUCAACAAUUACCAAUCAUCAGUCAAGCUCCCAACAUCUAGCAUCUGGCACGUCUUACCAGUUGAGCUCCAACAACCAUCUCUCUAUUCGCGACACUUUUAGCAGCCAAUCAACUUCUGUGGAAACAACCAGCUCGAAGCGGCAACAGAAAGCUUACGGUGGAAGCACGACUUCUCGUUCUCGAACGGCCACCAAAGAUUUAGAAUUACCGCCGUCCGAUUCUCUCAUGUGUCAACCACAGUUCGUGAAACCACUGAGCGACAUGACAAUUAAAGAUGGAGAGGCAAUGAAACUUACGUGCAUCGUCAAAGGCGACCCUGAUCCUAAUGUCACAUGGAUGAAAAACGGCGAGUUACUGAGCUCUUCAGAUAUUUUGGAUCUUAAGUAUCGAAAUGGCACUGCAACUCUAUCAAUCAAUGAAGUAUACCCGGAAGAUGAAGGUUUAUACACAUGUAAAGCCAAAAAUAGUCUCGGAGAAACUGAAACAACUUGCCGUUUAAUUGUACAAACAUCUGAAAAAGCAUGUCACAGGACGACAGGCAAAGAAAGAGCUCCACGAAUAAUUGAGCACGUGUCUUCCAAGACAGUCAAUGAUGGCGAAUCAGUUACUCUUCAAUGCCGAGUUACGGCAGCGAUCAAAUUUGAUGUCAUUUGGUUGCACAAUGAAAAAGAAAUCAAGCCUAGUAAAGACUUUGAAUAUGAUCGUCUUGGUGACGUAUGCAAAUUAAAAAUUGCCGAGAUCUUCCCAGAAGAUGCGGGAACCUAUACAUGCGAAGUCUUCAACGAUGUUGGUGAGGCAUUUAGUUCGUGCACAUUACUGGUCGUUGUUCCGAACGAAGAGGCAAAAAGUCCUACAUUUAAAACUUUUCCACAAUCUAUCACCAUUGCACAAGGACAAACGGCCGUAUUCACAUGUGAAAUGGACAAGGCACCCACCAGAGUAACAUGGAUGAAAGACGGCCAACCGCUCGAGGCAUCGACCAAGAAUGUUCAGAGUGUCGAUGGAAAGAAGCGUUUCAAAUUGGAGGUGUCCAAUGUUACCACAACUGAUAUUGGUCAGUACGGAGUGACUGCCGUCGGAAAGAAAUGCGAAACAUCAGCUUCUUUUUCGCUCAAUGUAACUGCCAAUGAACCAUGAUAAGUUGGUAAUUGAAGGGGUCGAUCGAUAUCUUUUCAAAAAUUAUGCGAACGUAACUUGAUUUCAUCUUUCAAAAUGUUUUUUUUUUAAUUCAAAGCUUCUUUGCUUUUUGUGCUGUUCCCUAUCGCUGCCUUUUAACCGCCUUAUUAAGAAGUGCGCUUUAAAACUGGGUCUUAUCGGCGUUCGAUGAUUAAGAAUGUUAAGAAGAUAUUCGUCUGUUUUCUUGUUCCUAGCUGCUGCCAAUGAUCUACUAGUCAGGUAACGUGACAACACUAAGUUGGUCGUAUUUAGUCGAGCUUGUCGUUUAUCGAUUCAUUUAUUGAAGUUUUUCAAAGCUGCAAUCUCCCUUGGCUGUAAUAAACAAGUUAUGGCGUUUUCUCUUUA